AUGUUACACCUAAAGCGUCCUGGCGACUCGAAUCGCCUUCCAAAUACAGCCGUUAACGGUGUUGAGCCUUGUGAAGUCAAAAGCCAUUGCAAUCACGAGGGAGCUGACGAUCAGCGUCCAAAAUCGGCCAACGAACGAGGUGAAGGUUCGGUUUCUACCCCACGUCAACGACAGCGUCACGACUCCAUAGACAAGUGGAUGAUUCCUGCUGAGGAGAUCCAGAAGGGACCACGAAUUGGUUCCGGUUCUUUUGGAACUGUUUUCAAGGGCUACUGGCAUGGUGAUGUAGCUAUCAAGGAGCUCAACGUGGUCGAACCGACGCCUACUGAGUUGAAAGCCUUUAAGAAUGAAGUAAAUGUGCUCAGGUAA